AUGACCGCAGCGGACAGCGAUUGUCGGACGUCGACGCACUUCGCGAUAGAAUGCGUGAAGGACGAUAUCAAUUCGUCCACUGAUGUUGAAGUCCUUCGUUCCAACAUCGCGAAUGAAGAUGACGCUUGUCGCUGGGUGGAAGAUUACAGCUUCAAGACGGACACGUCGUGGGUUGUAUAUUUCGUCCAGCCAACAGCAAGGUGUCAAAGGAUGGUGUUCCAUAAGAUGUCACGCUGCAAGGAAUGCAAGCGCAGCAGUUCAUUGGGGAAGCCUGCAGUGCACUGCCCUGCCAAGAUAGACUUUAAGAUAAAAACGGUCAACAGGAACACACGAAGAAAUGAUGCCUUCCUGCAUGGCGAGAAGCCACUGCCAGCGAUUAUAAAGCUGUUGCACCAUAACGGCCACAGUCACAGCACAACAGCUGCGGAGGCCCUUCGUCAUCUAACACCAACAUCCCAAACUAAGCAAACCUUUCUGGAGUAUUUCGACAACGGCAUGUCCCCAGCUGAAGCCAUCAGGCUUCAUGAAAGCAAACUGGUGGUGCAGGAGAAUGGGUACCUCCUCUUUGCCAACUCAGCAGUCAACCCAGUGCCUUCAGCGAUAUAUUCCUGGCACAAGCUCUGGCGCGAAGAGAACUUCGGCAGAAACAUUGACCCACUCCUGAAAAUAACAGAGAAGAUGCAACUGUAUGUCAAACAAGGCCUCGAUGUCAAGCUGGGCCGCUCAGAGGAUGGCCAGUUCUGGGUGGUCCUGGUUGCGACCCCCAUAAUGAGACGUACACGGGAGCUGAAUGCAGCAAGAGAAAUUAUCUUUAUAGAUUCGACAUCAUCCUGUGAUGCCUCACACAGCACACUCACGGUACUACUGGCUGCUACAAAUGCUGGUGCAGUACCUGUUGCGGUGCUUAUUCACAACUCGCAGUCAGCGCAAUGCUACUGCACUGCAUUCACACUGCUGAAGGAAAGCUACCAAACCUGCUUCGGAGGGCUCAGUGUGUAA